GUGGGUAGGCAUCGAAAACGCACGCACGUGUUUUGCGAGUCUUAUACUGUUUUAUUUAUUUAAAAUUAUCUUAGUAUAGUUUUAAACAUGUUUUAAGUGUUGUCAUACCUUGCUAGCAGUGUUCCAUUCAUCAAAUCCAUAAAUUGCAACAUAAUAAUCCAAAUAACUUUAUCACAUCACCAUAACCUCAAUCACUACAAAAGUUACCAAAUGGAGGCCAUUCAGCAGUCAGUACAGGCGUUGACGGAGCACUUCAACACACAGAUGGCUGAGUUUCAAAAAAACUUGCAAGGUGCUAUUCCAGCUGCGAGCCCCACCUCAAAUAUUGCAGCUCAAUUUAAUGCUUUCCGGACCUUCGUGUUGUCAGCUCUCUCAGGUCUACAGCAACAAGUGGAAGUCCUAGCCAAGCAAAUGGAUCAACUUGAGAUGCGGAGCAGAAAAAAGAUGCUAUUAGUACAUGGCAUCCCCGAGAGCGAUGACAGCAAUCUAGCGGCCACGGUAAGCACAUCUCUGUCUGAUCAUCUCAAGCUGUCGGCCUUCCAGGAAGACUGCCUCACUCGUUGCCAACGGAUCGGUCAGCCUAAGAGCGACAAGCCCCGGGCCAUACUCCUUAAGUUCCAUGAUUUGUCAAUGAGGAAUCAGGUGUGGUUUGCAAAGACUUCACUCAAGAAUACUGGCAUAACACUGUCGGAAUUUCUGACAAAAGACAGGCACGACGCUUUCAUGGCAGCGAGGCAGAAGUUUGGGAUUUCGAAGUGCUGGACGAGAGAUGGUCUUAUUAUUAUUGCGGGUCAGGCCAACAAGCGUUACCGCGUCACAACCAUUUCGGAAGUAAAUUCCAUUAGCCAGGCACGCGCUGACGAAGAAGCCACGCCUUCAGCGGCCGCUCCUACUGCCAAGCCGACUUCUAAUGUGAAUAAACCAUCCUUUAAUGCACCCUCGAGGGCCAAAAGAAUCACUAAGAAGUAAACUAAUAGCUACUAAUCAGGUACACGUUUUUCAUUCGGCCGCUAGUUUCUUGUGCGCUGUUGUUUUGCAUCACUUCUCGUAGACAUACCUACCUACUCAGUUAGUUAUACAGUUUAGCAUCGAGGUACCUACACCCUCACAUUUGUGUAUAAUCCAUUCUCUGUUAUAAUACUUGUUUACAAACGUUACUAUAUUAUGCGUAAUUGCGUACGGUAGGUACCCAUCGUGUGUCAAACUUGUGUCUAAGUCAGUCAAAGUCGAAAAUUAGCUAAUUGACAUUGACAGAAGACGACAGUGACAUGCUUCAUGAUGUGAACUUGACAAAUGUCUCGAGGUACAGUCGUUUUUGUCUAUGCGAACCUUGAAUCUUAUUCACAGGCAUGGAUACGGUAGCACUGGAGCCGACAAUUAGUAGUUAUUAACAGUUCUAUGACAUGGACCUACGACGUUUGUCGAGUCCAAUGGUACUGGUUCGUUCAUGUUUUUAUUGGAAGUGUUCAAGAAUGGAAUAUUGGAAUAUUACUUAUUGUUAUUCGUAAUUAAAUAUAACCCAACAAUAUAACAAUAACACCUUUGUAUAUUUAGAUAUUCCGUUCUGCCAGUAUUUAUACUGGUAUAGUAAAGUAGGUACCUAUCUAAUGUGCUUGUCCUGUAGUAUAUAUAGACAAUUAACGAUUUAUCAUUGUAAAUAUGUAGUUCUAAGGUUCAGCUUGUUAUUGUCUACUUAGUUUAAUUUAAGUUAGUUGUUGAUGUGCUUUCUUUUAUGCUUUAAUUAUUGGUUUUGUUUUAUAUAAUGUAUGAAUAAUUAGGUUGUAAACGGUUCCUCCUAUGAUGCUAGCGGGUAUAAAUGUAUAUUAGUAGACUCGUGAAUUUGGUAUUAUUAUUAUAUACAUAUAUAUAUAUACAAGUAUUUUAUUAUUAUAAUUUAUUUAUUUUUUAUAUUUUUAUUUUAAGUUUAUAGUUUAUUUUCAUAAAGUACUCUAUUAUGUCUGAUAUAUUACCAAUACAUUGUGAUGAUGAAUUCUUUUCAUGCUCUUCCUCUGAUGAAUUUCAAAGUGUGUGUAGUGAUUUCUCCUCUGACUGCAGCAUCUCUCUUGAACGCAAACUCAAUAAUAUAUUUUCUGAUGACUCUCGCUACCUUAAUGUUGUGCAUAUUAAUGCACAAAGCAUUCCGGCACAUUAUGCUGAUCUUUUGGCAUCUUUUAGUGGCGUCCU